AUGGCUCCGCGAAAACUCAAAAUUUUAUCAGUAGCAGAUAAACUGGAACUCAUUCGGGAAGUAGAGAAAGGCGAAAAAAGUAAAAGCCUCAUCGCUAUCCAGUUCGGAAUUCCUAAAUCUACCCUGUCAACCAUCAUCAAAAACAAAAUGAAAAUCAUCGCUUCCACUGCAGAAGGAAAAUCAGUACACCGGUACCGUCAAAAAUUGCCUCAGCACUCAGAUGUUGAAAAAUGUUUGAUAAAGUGGUUCCAGGAAACGCGCAAAAACAAUAUUCCAGUAAAUGGACCACUUCUUCAACAGAAAGCGAAGGAAUUCGCAUCUUCCCUAGGCCACGAAUUUGCAGCGAGUAGUGGUUGGCUAUCCAAUUUUAAAAAAAGGUACGGAAUUGCUGGAAGAACCUUGUCAGGCGAAAGUGCUAGCGUUAAUGAAGACACUUGUGCUGAAUGGCUAGCUCAUCUAUCGGAUUUAUUGGAAACGUACACAUCCGAUGAGAUCUACAACGCAGACGAAACCGGGCUGUUUUACAGAUGUUCACCCAACAAAACAUUAGAUUUCAAAAACACAGAUUGUCAUGGUGGUAAGGAAAGUAAAGAACGUUUAACUGUUUUGCUUGCUGUUAAUAUGAGCGGUUCAGUGAAACAUGUACCAUGCGUUAUAGGCAAAUCGCUGAAGCCCCGUUGUUUCAAAAAUGUUAAAACCUUUCCUACAGAGUAUACUGCGAAUUCUAGAGCAUGGAUGACUGGAAUUAUUUUUAGAGAAUGGUUGCAAAAGUGGGAUAACGAGUUGACAAAAAAAAAGAAGAGGGCUCUUCUCUUCAUAGACAAUUGUCCAGCUCAUAAUCCCUUGCCUGUUCUUAUAUCGUUAAAAGUAGAGUUUCUACCACCGAACACGACAUCGAAACUACAGCCCUUGGAUAUGGGAAUCAUUAAAAAUUUUAAGGUUAAAUACCGUACUGAAGUAGUAAACCAUGUGCUUCGACAAAUACAGGAAAAUCGUGCUGUAGUCCCAAUAAAUGUAUUAGAAGCUCUACAUUUCAUCAAGAAGGCAUGGGAUGAAGUGAGCCCUCGAACAAUUCAGAAUUGUUUUUCUGCAUGUGGAUUCGACGUGAUUACCACCGAUGAAUCAGACACAGCGCUGGAAAAUCCAGAAGAAGUGGAAAUUGAUGGAUGGGGAAUCCUUUCAUCUGUAUUUGAUGUGGAUGCAAACUUUAACGAAUUUGUGGAGGUGUAUUGUGAUCUACCGGUAUGCUUUCCACCUACAGAUGAAAGCAUCGUACGUGAAAUGUUAGGAAGGGAAGAAGAAGACGAUGCAGGUUUGGACAAUUUGGAGGACCCUGAAAUUGAGCCACCUACACCACCAACUGUUCAAGAAGCUAGACAAGCUAUCGAUACGAUCAGAUGUUUUCUGGAAAGUUCUGAAGAUAUCGAAUACGACAUUUUCAGGAAACUAAAUGAAAUAUCUUCGGUCGUUUCCAAAUUGGAAAAAAAACAGGCAUUGAUAUCAACUGGUCGUAAAAAUACGUCUGUAGUAAGAAAACGCUCCUAUGGGAGAUCAACUGUAAAUGCAAGAAAUUUCGUAAACGUUGGGGAUCAUUUACCCAUUCUGACAACUACUAGAAGAAGAUGCCGUAAUUGUACGCAGAAGAAGCUGGAAAAGAGAACCAAAACAAUGUGUUCUGGUUGUGAUAUUCCGCUGUGCAAUUUAUGUUUUUCUUCUUACCAUUCGUAA